AAAACCGAGUGGGAGUGGAAACUUAGGAAACUUCAGAAGGAGAAUGAGAAAGAAAAAGAAAAACUGAAGAAUGAGAAUGAAAAACUGAGGGCUUCCUUGUCUUCUGACCAAUCUAAAAUGGCUGAAUACAACAAGAAACAAUUUGCCUCCCUUAUCACACAACUCAGAGAACAAGCUGGUGUUAUCCAAUCUCAGGAGAAAACAAUUAAGCUUCUGACUUCCAGCAAACCCAGAGAAAUCCAACAAGUACCCAAGACAGAAGAGGUAGAAGAAUCCAGCGAAGAAGUUUCUGCAGAACUGGAGGAUACUUUGGACAGGAAGAAUAGAGUUCUGGAAACACUGCGGAAGGAUCCCAAUUUGUUGAAGCAAUUCCGGCCAAUUCUGGAAGAGACACUUGAAGAUAAACUGGAGACCAUGGGAGUGAAACGAGGUACAAAAGGUAUCCCAGCUCAAACCUAUAAACAUUUGAGAGCUUUGAUUAAGAAACAGCAACAACAGAAGGCUAAAACAUUUCCAGGUCUGCUGACCUUGAGAGCUAAACUUGAAAAAGAAGUUCAGAAGAAAGCGGUUCAGAAGGAUGAAGAGAAUAUGUCCUUGCCAUAUUCUGAAAUCUUUGAAAAAACCCAAAGAGGCCAGCAUUCUCCACUCCAGGUUACACCUUUGAAGAUUAGAACACACCCAGUAGAAGUACCAUAUUAUGCCCUAGAGACACCCAAGCCAGCUCCUCGGAGCAAAGUUGGUUCCAUGACUGGUUCAGUAGAGAUUCCAAAGGUACCAUCUCCAACUCUAAUUAGAAGCAGUUCACCUUCUCUUCAACAAUCUGCUGUCCACUUCCUCAG